AGGACACCUACUGACAACAGUUUGAGCACACACGGGGCCCCGAACACGCCCAUUAAACACCCAAAGUGCGUAGAAUAAGUUACAGUUACAGGCAUCAUGUAUGGCAUGCUGUAUGAAAGCGUACAGCAUUAUAUACAAGAGGAAUAUGGUUUGGAGACGUGGAAAAAAAUUUGCCAAAUUGUUGACUGCAAGCAUAAUAGUUUUAAAACACAUCAGAUAUAUCCCGAUAAGCUAAUGCCAGACUUUGCCCAAGCAUUGUCCGCUUGUACGGGACAAUCAUUUGACUUUUGCAUGAACUUUUUUGGGAAAUGCUUCGUACGAUUUUUUAGUAAUUUUGGCUAUGAUAAGAUGAUACGAUCAACAGGCCGUUAUUUUUGCGAUUUCUUGCAAUCCAUCGAUCAAUAUAAUGUGCAGAUGAAAUUUCUUAAUAACUAAUGUUAGAAAUCGCCUAGCAUGCAAUUAACGAGUAUGGAUGAUAACGGUGCAGUUAUCUUAUAUCGAAGUGGUCGCACUGGUAUGUCUAAGUAUCUAAUCGGACAGAUGACGGAGGUGGCAAAAGAAUUUUAUGGCUUAGAUGUGACUGCCUAUGUUAUUGAGAGUCAGAACGACAUAUGCGGUGGAACAGCUGGACCCAUUAAACUUACUGAAGGACCACUAACGGUCAUAGUUAAGUAUCGUCUGGAUUUUGAUAAUCGAGAUUACAUGUCGAAUCGAGUUAAUAUUGUGGCUCAUCCAACGCAACUGAAGUUGCCUUCUGUAAAUCUAAAUGUGUUCUUAGAGCUCUUUCCCUUCACAUUUGUUCUAAAUCAUGACAUGAAAAUAACAUUGGCGGGUGAAAAAAUUAUAGAAACAUGGAUUUUGCACAAUCCAGGAGUUAAUCCUAAGUGCUUUAUUGGAACACAUAUUAUGGAUGUCUUCAAGUGCAGGAGACCAAAGGAUACAAAAAUUGAAUGGGAGACCAUUUUGCAAAUGAGAACAGUUCUUUUCGAAUUUGAGCUCAUACGAACUGGACAUAGCCGGGCUGCUUAUGAUGCUGCUUUAAAACUGGACAUUGACUCCUUUGACAAUGUGAGUUUAAACGAAGCUCAGAAAAUGACUUUAACUAAUGCUCAAGAGCUUCAGGAUGAAGAAAAAGCGACUGCAACACUUAAGGAAAUUGGCCCAGAGUCAGUAAAGCGUCGACUUUCAGAAGGCUUACGGUCUAUUUUGCUUAAAGGGCAAAUGUUUUACAUCAAAGAUGUGGACUCAAUUAUAUUCCUAUGCAGCCCCUUGAUAGAAAAUUUGGAUGAGCUACAUGGUAUUGGAUUGUACCUCAAUGAUCUAAAUCCUCAUGGCCUCAGCCGUGAGCUUGUUAUGGCUGGCUGGCAACAUUGUUCCAAGCUGGAAAUGCUAUUUGAAAAGGAAGAGCAACGAUCCGAUGAGUUGGAGAAGUCAUUGGAACUGGCUGAUUCAUGGAAGACACAAGGCGAUGAGCUCCUUUAUUCCAUGAUACCUCGCCCUAUUGCGGAGCGUAUGCGGAUGGGUCAGGAACAUGUUUGUCAAAGUUUUGAUGAAGUUUCCGUCAUUUUCAUAGAAGUCUUAAAUAUUUGCGAUAGCGGAUCAAAUAAUAUCCAGGAAGCAAUGCAAGCAGUAACUACACUGAACAAAGUAUUUUCUGCGCUGGACGAAGAGAUUAUAUCCCCAUUUAUAUACAAAGUCGAAACCGUAGGUAUGGUCUACAUGGCUGUAUCGGGGGCACCCGAUAUCAAUCCCUUGCAUGCUGAGCACGCCUGUGAUAUGGCACUGCGUGUAAUGAAGAAGGUAAAAUCACAGGAUUUGCCAGAUGUAGCUAUUCGUGUGGGCAUUAAUUCGGGUCCAGUGGUGGCUGGUGUGGUAGGUUUAAAAGUUCCUCGUUAUUGCUUAUUUGGGGACACUGUUAACACUGCUUCGCGCAUGGAGAGUAGCUGUGAUUCUUGGAAGAUAUAAUUAUCGAAUUACACAGCCUUAAAGGUGCGCGAGGUGGGAUAUAAGGUGGAAGCACGCGGCUUUGUUAAAGUAAAGGGCAAAGGUGAUAUGGAGACCUAUUGGUUACUAAAAGGACCAGAGUAAUCGUACCUAAAAAAUAUAGUACAUAUUGUAGUACAGUACGAUCUAUUUAU